UGCGUCUUCAGCCUCACUGCGUGGGUCUUGCAUCAUCGACCUCAACAUGUGCCAAGGCAAGUUGCGACUGGAGCUGCAGAGAUGAAGGCCUCAGACUCGACUGUGCGCUUCUUGCGCGAGCAGCACCUCGAUCCCGAAGCAAACCCCGCUCACAAGGCGGUCGCGAUCCAUCAAGCCGUCGCGACGAAGCGCCUCGACGUGGUGGACGACCUCCUAAACCUCUAUCCGCAAGACUGUCCCGAUGCGAGGUCGCCGAGGGGAGGCAAAGGCGGCCGAACGCCAAUCCACAAUGCCGCGCAAAUGGGUCUCCGCGAAAUCACCUUGAAGCUCAUCCAGAAAGGCGCCGAUGUAAACGCGAGGACCAAGAAGAACUGGACGGCGCUCAUCCUUGCCGCCGAGGCGGGUCGCACCGAGAUAGUCAAGCUCCUCCUCAAGCACGGGGCCGACGUGAACGCUCAGACGCAGUUUGAGAAUACGUCGACCAAAGGAUUCACGGCGCUCCACGUUGCCGCAGAGCUCAGGACCCCAAACACUAUUCUGACUCUGCUUCUUCACGGAGCCGACCCCAUGAUCGCGACGCCGUCUGGAGAAACGCCCCUUCACUUUGCAGUGAGGGCACGCUCGGCGCCCGCGGCCUCUCUUCUGCUCUUCCACGGCGCCUCUGCAACAGCAAAGGACGAAAAGGGGGUCACGCCGCGGGACCUCGUCAACAACUUGCGCGGCGUGGACCGCAGGAGGCUCGAGCACAUCUUUGACUGCGCCUCCGGUGACGGCAAGCAGAACAACCAGAUCCAGUCGCACCUCAAAGCCGAGGGGUCGGUGGACAUGGGCAAAGCCAUUCACUGGGCGGUGGAGAAGAACCUAGAUCGUGCCAUCGCAUACAUCCUGCACGCCGACCCGCACGCCGUCGAGGCGAGAACCCCGCGUGGGUGGCAUCCGCUUCACCACGCGGGCCGGUACGACAAGGCUGAGAGCGCCGAGAUGCUCCUCCAGCAUGGCGCUGAUGUCAACUGCAUGACCAAAAGUGGGUGGACGCCCCUGAUGCUGGCUGCGGAACAGGGUCACAGGGGCGUGAUCCGAGUCCUGCUCAACCAUGACGCGGACCGCACCAUGGCAAAUAACGAGGGCAAGACGGCAUUGCAGAUCGCCAAGCACUGCAACCAAAAGUUCAUCGCGAUGCUGUUGACGGUACAACACGUGGCGGCGUCGGACGUCGUCCUGGAGGCGCCUACUCCCAGUAGCCAUGGGCUGUCUCCCCCUGUGCACCCGGGCUUCCGAAGGACACCAUCUCCUGGUCCUCGCCAGGGAUCAGAGAUUGAGGGCGAGCUGUAUGCACUCAGCGACGCGAGCGCCACAGAAGCCUCCAUCGCGGCCCCAGAAAACUCUGAAUACAUGGAAAGGUUCUUUGCCGAGCUUGAGAGAACUUGGUACAAGUACAUCCAGUGGCAUCCGGACGAUGACGGGGGAAGCAAGACCGGUGGGCAGGAAUGGGCCGGCCCGGUCAAGAUUGCGAUUCUCGACACCGGAAUAGAUUUGAAACACGACGACUUUGCCAACCCAGCACGCAGGCGCAGCAAGAUGGGGCAGCGGGCGGCUCGGCAGCUGCCCGAAAAGCCGCAGCGAGAGCGCAUCAAGGCAUGUAGGAACUUUGUCGGCGAGCCGGGGCAAGAGGAGGAUGUCACAGACUACUCCGGCCAUGGGACGCAUAUCGCUGGCCUUAUCCUCGGCAUCGCUCCGCGUGCGGAAUUGUACAUUGCCAAGACGAGUACGGGCCAGGAGCAUCUUCAAGACGAUGACGAGAAGAAGCCGGCAUCAAAACGCGGCAGACGAGAGGCCCGUCGGCCUGUCGAAGAGGCGAUUCGUUGGGCCAUGGAACAAGGCGUUGACAUCAUCAAUCUCUCGCUAGGCUUCCCACGGGAGAGCUCCUACGAUCUCACGCGGGCAUUGGAAGAGGCAGACCAUCGAGGCAUCGCCGUCUUCGCCGCCGCCGCCAACCACGGCAACCGCGAGGCGAUAGCGUGGCCAGCCCGGGAUCGCGACCUCGCCGUCUGCGUCACCUCCGGAGACGAGUUCAACAAUUUGUCGCGCUUCGCCCCCGGGCCGGGACGCGACCUACCCGUCUUCAUCACCCACGGCGAAGACGUGGCGAGCCACUGGCCGACUGAGCUUGGCCAGGGCAACGGCUUCCGUAAGAUGAGCGGCACAUCAGUUGCGACGCCCAUCGCGGUCGGCAUGGCGGCCAUGGUGCUGGCGUUUCUAAACAGGACCAACGCCUGGACGCCGAGCCAGAAGAGACAGUUCCUGGACCGGAGUAAGGAGAGGAGAUUGCGGAGCACCAGGGGCAUGGGCCGGCUUCUGGAACACAUGUGCCGAGACAGAAAUGGCCUCAAGGUCCUGUCGCCGAAGCUGAUGUGGGAGGAUGAUCAGGAUGCGGACCCUCUCAAAGUCCUGGGCGAGAUGGCGCAGGCUUUCAAGUUAUCAGGAUAGACAUAGCGCCCAGACACCG